UGGUCAAUACAAUCUUCAAGACAAAUCUCAUUGAUUUCUUCGUACAAGUAUAUUGAACGUAUUGUGGUCGUGGUCGACCUUCGAUCUAUUUUACCUAAUAUUUGUAUACAUUGAUAUAUCAUGUGAUGGUCUUUGUCGUCGUGAUCUGACUUUCCAAACCCGUCGAACACACACACUCGACAAGAACAGGAACAGCAUGUCACGCUUCCUGAAGGAGCCGCAGACGGACAAGACGUCCGAGGCGCACGUGGAAGCGUCCUUGGGCCUGACUAUCGGCGCGAGCAGCAUGCAGGGAUGGCGUGAAUCCAUGGAAGAUGCAGAAUUGGUCGACACCAAGCUUCCAGGGUUGGCCAACGUCGCGCUCUUGGCGAUUUUCGACGGCCACGGCGGCGACUUCAUUGCCAAGGAGACGGCCAAGCAAAUCGUAGACCAAAUCGUGAGCACGGACGACUACAACGCGUACGAUGGAACGAACCCGUACGCGCUCGUGAGUGCGCUGAGUGAGGCUUUCUUGCGCACAGACGACGCGCUGCGGGAAGCGCACACGGACGGCACGGCGGACGAAGUCGGCGCGACGGGGCUCGUGGUGCUCGUGACCAAAUACCACAUCAUUUCCGCCAACGUCGGGGACUCUCGGUGCAUCUUGAGCGACAAGUCGGGCCACGUGCCGAUCCAAAUGUCCCUCGACCACAAACCCGACCACGAAGCCGAGAAACUUCGCAUCCUCGCGGCCGGCGGCACCGUGUUCCGCGGGAGAGUGUGCGGUGGUGUGGCCGUAAGCCGCGGGUUUGGGGACUUUUGGUUCAAGCGCAACGAAGACAACAACCCGGACAAGAAGCCAUGGGAGCACUUUGUGAUUGCCGAGCCCUGCGUCAACAUCCACGUUCGGACCCGCGACGACGAGUUCCUCGUCCUGGGGUGCGAUGGCAUCUAUGAUGUCAUGUCGAACGAGCAGAUCCAGAAGUUUACGCGCGACAAGCUGGCCAACGGCAAGUCGCCGACAGCCGUGGCUGAGCUGCUCAUGGACGAGUGCUUGCACAAGGGUAGUCGGGACAACAUGAGCGUGGUCGUGGCGUUGCUCACCUAGUAGCUCCGAAACGGCUCGACAACACUCUUAUAUGUACACACAAUACUGGUAUUCGAUUCGAAAUUGGUGUGUUUGGGUGCUCACUGUCAAUCAAAAUCACCAAAUCGGCACACAAUCGAUAUAUCGACCAAUCAA